AUGGCCAGAGGCUUUAUGGCACUGAUGAUGAAACCAGUGCUGUUUCUCGUCUUGCUCCAAGCAGGCCUUUUGCUCGCCACCAGGACCUCGAGGACCUGGGUUAUCGGGGGCAAGGAAGCAACACCCCAUUCCAGGCCCUUCAUGGCAUCCAUACAGAUGAAUGGGGAGCACUUCUGCGGCGGCUUUUUGGUGCGGCGUAGAUGGGUGAUGACGGCGGCCCACUGUCUGAUAAACAACCCGGAUCCUUCCAUCCGCGUCGUGUUGGGCGCGCACUCCCUGAAGACCCCUGAGCCCUCGCAACAGGUCUUUGGUGUCCAGAAAUCUCUCCCGCACCCGCGGUACGACGCCACGUCCGUGCAAAACGACAUCCGCUUGGUCAAACUGAACAGGUCCGCCAUCUUGACCCGAGAGGUCCAACGUGCCAGGCUGCCCCGAGCCAACAGUGACCUCCGUGCCGGAGCCAAGUGCCGCGUGAGUGGUUGGGGGGACAUCUCCAAUUACGCAACCAUCCCCACCGAACUGAUGGAAGCCAACCUCACCGUCGUGGACCGGACCAAGUGCAAUGCCUCGUGGGCUGGCAAUAUCUUCGAUUGUAUGUUCUGUGCUGCCAACACCGAUCUCACGCUGCGUGGAUUCUGCUCAGGCGACUCAGGUGGACCCUUAGUUUGUGGCACUAGAGUACACGGGAUCGUGUCCUUCAACGGAAGGAAAUGUGGGAAUCGGAGGUUCCCUGACGUUUUCACCCGGAUCUCCAAAUACAUCCCCUGGGUCCGUGACACGCUGCGGAUGUUUUGA